AUGCAGGGCCGCAACUUUACGCGCACAGCGCUGACGUGCUGUGUGGCAACCCUCACCUACCUUUGUGGUGGGUGCUUCGACCGGGAAGCGAUGUUGGAGUCGGAGAUCGGCGAUGUCACAUGGUCCUGCGUGCCACCAUCUGGCUCUUCGUUCCCUAUCGGUGACACCACAGUUACCUGCACGGACCUGAAUCCGGUGCCUCCAGUCUUCGAUGUGGUGCCGAAUGACGUGUCCGUGAGCACAGACCAGGACAGAGUGCAGGUAUCCUGUUCGCCAGAAUCGGGCUCAACGUUUUCGGUCGGUACCACCACGGUGACGUGCACCGCCACCGAUGCUGGUGGGAGCACUGCCUCGGCAGAAUUUGACGUUAACGUCCGUGACCUCUGGGCUCCCAACAUCACGCUGGGCGAUGUUAUGAGGGAAACAGCCACAUCCCCUGGACUUUGCGAAGGCAUUGUGGUUUACGACGUAUCCGCAAUCGACAACUGUCCAGGCGAUGUCACAUUGUCCUGCGUGCCAGCGAAUGGCUCUUUGGUCCCAGUCGGUGACAACAGAGUUGACUGCACGGCGACCGAUGUUGCUGGACUGGCUCAAUCGGGGACAGGCUUCUGGGUUACAGUGAGGGACCACGAGAAUCCAGUCUUCGAUCCGGUCCCGGAUGAUGUGACAGUGACAAACGACCCAGGACAGUGCGGAGCCGCUGUGGAUUAUGUGGCCAAUGCAGCCGACAACUGUCCAGGAGUUCAGGUAGUUUGUUCGCAAGAAUCCGGCACCACGUUCUCGGUCGGUACCACCACAGUGACAUGCAACGCCACGGAUGCUUCUGGCAACAAGGCCUCGUCGGAAUCUUUCGUCGUUCCUCGGCCGUUCUCGACAAUCAUUUCCAAUGUACCA